AAGCUUAGUGAAUUCAAACGUGGUACCGUGAUAGGUUGCCACCUGUGCAGUAAGUCCAUCCAUGAAAUUUCCUUGCUACUAAAUUUUUCACAGUCAACAGUUAGUGGUAUUAUAACAAAGUGGAAGCAACUAGGAACAACAGCCACGAUGUGCAUGCUGCUACUGGACUCUAGAGCAGUGGAGACGUGUUCUCUGGAGUGACGAAUCACACUUCUCUGUCUGGCAAUCCGGUGGAUGUGUUGGGUUUGGUGCUUGCCAAGAGAACGGUACUUGCCUGACUGCAUUGUGCCAUGUGUAA